GUACUAAAUUAAAAUUAGAUUCUUGACACGAUCUACCAUGAUCUACUGCUUAUGCCAGUAUUUAUACAGGACCAUGGACUGAGCGAUUGAAAUCACAUUGUGUCUCGUGAAAGAAACUCACGAGUAUUAAACCAGCAGUGCCAGCACGCUGCGAGCUAGAAGGGCCUCGGAUCCUCAGCGACUGUAUUUGCUGAGAAAAUAAGAACAGUAAUGGCUAGCGAAGAAGUGCUGCAUUCCUUCACGAUGCCUGCGGCUGAGGCGGUGAGAAACACCACACUGGGUGCGCUAGCCGGGGCGGGCACAGAUCUGCAGGACACAUGGACAUGGGUGUACACGGAGUGGGCGGGCGAGGAUGCCCUAUUUCUAUGGACAGUUUUCUUCCUCAUCACAUCAUCGUUCUUCUGGAUCUUCAAUCUCGGCUUCAACUUUCUGGAGCUAACUGGACAGCCGGCAUACCUACUAAAGUAUCGUAUUCAACUCAAACAGAAACCAGCAGUGGUGGACCGGGCCGUGUUCUUCAAGUGUGUACGCACCGUCCUGCACAACCAGCUGGCCAUCGGCAUACCGUUCCACUACUGCCUGCUGCCGCUGUUGCUAUGGCGCGGCGGACUGUAUGACCGGGCGCUGCCGUCGCUACCGUACGCACUGUUUGACCUAGCCAUGUGCUCGUUGGCGAUUGAAGUCGGCUUCUACUACACACACCGGCUGCUUCACCUGCCCUACUUCUACCGCAAGUACCACAAGAUCCACCACGAGUGGCGCAGCCCGAUCAGCAUCUCGUCCAUCUACUGCCACCCGUUCGAGUACUGGCUCUCCAACCUGCUGCCGCUCGUCGCCGGCCCGAUCCUGAUGGGCUCGCACUUCACGACGGCCAUGUUCUGGGUCAUGUUGAGCACGGCGUCCGGCUCCAUUGCGCACUGCGGUUACCACUUGCCGUUGCUGCCGUCGAACGAAACACACGACUAUCACCAUUCACAAUUCAACCAGAUCUACGGUCCGCUUGGCAUCCUGGACACAUUGCAUGGCACCAACCGGCGCUUCAAGGCGAGCGUCCACUUCUUGCGACAUUUCACGCUGACCGGCUCCACACCGGCGUAUGUACUGGUGCCGGACAAGAGCAGCAAAGACGAGCAGACGGUGACCGAGUAGUGAGCGGGAUCACUAGGGAAUUCCCCACCUCCACACUCGUUGUUCUGCGUGCAUGCAGUGCCGGGGAACAGCACCGGGAAGAGUCAAGCUGCUACUCGCCACGUUGCCACCCAGACCCGGAAUGCACUGUUCUUUGAAACGUCUUUCUGCUGGAUUAGUACUAGUUAGUUGUUACCGACUGAGAGAGGCCGGUGGUAAACUGGUAAUAGCUGUGGCGGAUAUUGUGUUGUCACGGGCUCAGGCAGUUCGGCCUCAGCCGCGGGCCUGUGGAGCAUGCAGAACUUGCAGCCAGACUCACGUGACACUAGUGUUGCUCAUCAUGGACAUGGUUUUGAGGACCUGAUUUCCAGUACCUGCAUGUACAUCUGAAAUGUACUGGAUUACUUCUUGCUGUGGCUCGUCAUCCGCAUCAUUAUAAUCACUGGCAGGCCAAUUAUCACUUCUUGACUAUUAAUUAUUAAAGUACAUGCAAGUCAAGCGUCAUGAUUCAAACUAGGAAUGAGUUCAACUGAGAAUAUGAUGAUAGCUAUCUUUACUUUAGGCUCAUGCAGUGUUCUUCCAUACCAGGGACAUCAUCCACGGCUAUAUCGAAUCAUAUUUUAAUCGGGCAAUCCUUGCACGGGCUGGUUCCUGGACUGGGGAGCCCACUUUUAUUUUUUGUAUCCAUA